CUGGGAACGGAGGCGGCUCUCGCGAUAGUUGCCUGGGGUUUGAGCGCGGGGCCCGACGGUCCGGAAAGCUGGAACUGCGGGUGGGGAACAUGUCGGAUUCGGAGCUCGGCAGGAAGUGGGACCGGUGCUUGGCGGAUGCCGUCGUGAAGAUAGGUACUGGUUUUGGAUUAGGACUUGUUUUCUCACUUACCUUCUUUAAAAGAAGAAUGUGGCCAUUAGCCUUUGGCUCUGGAAUGGGCUUGGGAAUGGCCUACUCCAACUGUCAGCAUGAUUUCCAGGCUCCAUAUCUUCUACAUGGAAAAUAUGUCAAAGAGCAGGAGCAGUGACUCACGUCUGAGAACAUCCCGGUGGGAGGGAAAGAGAAAUCACGUUUAUUCCUCAGGAAUACUGAAGUGCCCUGGAGUAAGCUGACACUCUUCUGUAACAAUGUUAUCAGUAAUGCUUUAAACUCCAGCACACUGUUUAUGUAUUUGAAACCAAGUCUGUUUCUUGUUUUGUAUUUUCUCUCUGGAAAUUGCAAGGAGGUGGUCUUGAAAGAAAUAAAUGAAACAAAAAUAGGCAGCCCA